CCCAUUGCUAGUUGAGUGUCAUAUUCGCUGUUGAACAGACGCCUGUCGUUGCGGAGUUUGUCAUCGUGUUUUAAGUUUUUUUCAAGUUUUUUCGUCAGUUUUAUUUGCGAAGUUUAAUAGUUAUCGUCUAUUCUCGUUUUCUCUAUAUUCAAAAGUGCCUAGUGAAUUUUAAUUUAAUUAUCAAUGAUCGUCAAUGGAAAAUUGUGUGGGUAGCUAACGCUUACCAAAACUCCUGUAUGCACAGAACGGUAAAAUAGGAAGCUUGAUACUAUGGUGCUGAUUGCAAGGGCAUACUGUUUCCCCAGCUAGAAUCUAGAAGGAAAAAAUCGUGUUGGAGCCUACUGCUCUGGUUUUUACUUGUGCUGCUGGCUGGCCUGGUUGGCCUUUUUGGCCGAUGAAUGAAAAAGAAGGUGUAUUAUUUAUUCAGCUAAUAAGAAGUCGUGGUGUGCAAGCAGACCAGUCAACAAUUCUGCUGGUGUGAGUUUGAAGAAAGAAGAAAAGGUAUACGAAUCCAACACUGCAAAAGAAGAGUAGUGGCCAGUAGUGUUAGCCACCGGUCUACCGAUUCCGUCGUGUCGUGGCUUCGAAAGGAAUGGGGCUCAUCCGACGUUCGACAGUGUAAUGUGUGCUAAAGAAGGGAAAAUCAAAACGUAUUGAAAUACGAUAAUAGAGAGAGAGCUUCUUACAAGAAGGAGCACAUAAAUAGAAAUUAAAAAAGUUGCACGGAAGCGAGAGUGUACGUGUUUUUGUGAUUGUGUCAGUUUCGGCAAGUUCUGUCGACGGCCGUCGUGAAAUAGAAUCCGCAAUAAUCGAUUAACGCGAAUAUUCCGCGUUUCUGCAUUGAAUGGAAUCUCCAGUUUCUUGGAGAAGCAUCGAACGAACCGCUUGUUGAGACAGAGUGUCACUCGGAGGAAUAGCACAGACGAUGCUGAGGUUUUUGAGUCGCCGCAAAACUCGAAGCCCUCCAGGCUCAGAAACGGCGAACAGUCAAAUAAAAUCUCAGCGAAUUCCAUCAAACAAAAACCUUGUUCCAUGUCGCGUAAUAUUACUGGAUAAUACGGACCUUUCAGUGGAUUUAACGAAAAAAGCUUUGGCAAACGAUUUGUACGAACAAGUUUUCUAUUCUCUUGACCUGAUCGAAAAAGAUUACUUUGGAUUACAGUUUACCGAUGCAAACAAUGUCAAACAUUGGCUAGAUCCGACGAAAGCUAUCAAAAAGCAGGUGAAGAUUGGUCCACCAUACACUCUUCGGUUGAAGGUCAAGUUUUACUCAUCAGAGCCAAACAUUCUUCGCGAAGAGCUAACAAGGUAUCAGUUCUUUCUUCAACUUAAGCAAGAUUUGCUGGAAGGUAAACUUGAAUGUCCGGACCAGCAAGCUGCAGAACUGGCCGCUUUGGCGUUACAAUCUGAACUAGGUGACUAUGACGAGACCAUACACAGUGCAGCUACUGUCUCAGAGUUCCGGUUUGUGCCAAAUCAGAGUGAAGAGUUGGAGAUCACGAUAUUAGAAGAGUAUAAAAAAUGUGUCGGCCUUACGCCGGCCCAGGCAGAAACCAGCUUUUUGAAUAAAGUCAAAUGGUUAGAUAUGUAUGGAGUGGAUAUGCAUACUGUUUUGGGCAAAGAUGGCUGCGAGUAUCAUUUGGGCCUUACACCUACCGGAAUUCUCGUGUUUGAAGGCAUUCAAAAGAUUGGUCUUUUUUUCUGGCCUAAGAUUGGGAAGCUUGAUUUUAAGAAGAAAAAGUUAACUUUAGUGGUUGUGGAAGAUGACGAUCAUGGCCGGGAACAAGAGCACACUUUUGUUUUCCGACUGCACAACGAGAAGGCCUGCAAACAUCUGUGGAAAUGUGCAGUCGAACAUCAUGCCUUCUUUCGAUUGCGUGCUCCGGUCAAAGGUCCUUCGGCAAGACAGAACUUUUUUCGGAUGGGCUCCCGCUUCCGGUACUCUGGUAAAACAGAGUUUCAGACAACGCAGCAAAACAGGGCCCGCCGGACGGUGCAAUUCGAGCGUAGACCAUCGCAGCGCUUUGCUCGCCGUCAAUCACACGUUCUUCGGGAAAGGCAGAAACAGGUUUGUCCAGAACAGCCGUCAUCACAACCCGGAAGGCAGCAAUCUCCUUCAGUUGACGAUGCUCAGAACUCCACAUCCGGAACGUCUACUCCAUCAGCGAGUACGGUGAUACACAAUCAUAUUUCCGCCUCCGCUAGUAGCACCUCAGAUAUUGGAGUGCAUGUUGUCAAUGGGAACCUUCCAUCGCUGUGUUCGAAUAAAUCUGUUUCUUCUAGUGAGGAUGUUACUUACGCUAAGUUGGGUUCGUUUGGCAAAGCCGGAAUUUCCUACAAACCUGAAGAGCCCGUUGGUAAGCUCAUCGAUCACGACGUUCCUUUCAUUCGACCGCCCGGUCACCAUCACGGUGGAUCUUUUGGUAAAGCAUCGAUCUGUUCUGGGUUUAGCAUUAAAACGAAUUCUUCCGAUCGAGAUAGUCAACUGGACACUCUGAUGAAGUCGAUUGCGAAAGACCCAGCUUCAUCCUUGCUGAAUGAUGCUAGUAGUUUCAAAAUUACUAUUAAUAAGACCUCCGAGUUAGAAACGAAUAAUGAUACGCUGAAAAAGUUGGCCGCUAGUCCAACUGAGAAGCCCAAUAAUCAGAUAAAGUUAUCAAAUGCAGUAGUUACGCCUCUACCGCCAGGACAGAUAAAGUGCAAUAUUCUUAAAGCACGCGUUGAAGAAGAGCUUCAUCCUAAACUGACAAAUCAUCAGCUGUACACACCAAGUCAAUUAUUGAGCGAUGGUCCGGACUCUUUGAAUGCAGCGACAUUCGUUUCGGUGGGUGGUGAUAAAUUAACCUUGAAUCUAACGGGGACCACCACACCAACUGUCAGCGGCUACACCACAAUCACCACGAUGAUAGCGAGUCCGACGACCAUCACUCCGACAUCUCCAAUGCAGCCACUGAAAACCCUCCUGCCGACACCGAUCACACCACCACCUCCAUUGGCAUCAACUGCAAACACUAUAACCGUUCAAAACAAUCUACCAGAUCAGAGCUCUUUUCUAAACGGCUCAGGUGCCAACGAUAAUGUCACUGUGACCCACUUUUCAGAACAAAAAGGUGGCAUCGUUGAAAGAAUUAGUGUUCCCUCUGCGUCUACCAACCUACUGGAUACUUCUUUACCAUCGGAAAAAAUAUCCAACAACAACCCAUUCCUUACCAUGUCUAACCCAUCGUCUCCGACGGCUCCAAUUGCUGCCAGCAAAACAUCUACUAAUCCAUUUCAUAACCUUUCCGCCUCUUCAAGUAGUUCGGGAAAUUCCGAAACUGCUUUGAAUUCCACUGAAACCAUCAGCACACCGAACUCAUCUCAGCUACUCCAACCUACUGAGUUCAAAAGUAGUAACCCGUUUAAGGACAGCAGCACAAGGGCUCGUAGCAAAUCGCCGAUACAAAUCAAGUCUGCUGAAGGGAGUAGAGGUACGUCACCCAGCGGAAAAAUCAUUUCUAGUAUGCCGGUUACAAUCAGUUUGAAGGAGCUCAAAAGAACUCCCAGUUUCCAAAAGGCCCGAAAGAUAGAGAUACCGAUGGUAGUUACAGUCAAGGAUGUAACGGAUACCGCUCCGGUUGGGGACAACCAAGAAGGCGUUGGUGGAGCUGAAGAGGGAAAGAAACCACCCAAGGAAACUCUAAAAGAGAACAUCAAACCUCAUUCAAUGGACAUUUCUCCCUGGUUGGUAUCGUCUGAUGUGGUGACAGGUUCUACCAAGACCAAGGAGGCUACUAUAAUCCGAAAGUCUGUCAUCACUACACAAUUAUAAAGCGCGGAUCUGCUCGGACUGCUGAUCAAUUUUUGCUUGUUUCGUGAGUGUUGUUGCUGUACAGUGUAAAUUAGUGUUGCUAUCAAUACUGUGCUUGUUAUUAUUGUUUAUCGAUUUGACGCAUUCUGGUUUUACAUUAGAAGGUAAAUUCCUUUUUAGGAUGUAGCAUGAGUUUUUUUUUUGAAAUAUGUUCCCUAUAGAAUCUGCGUACUCCUUUACCAUCAAUCUUAUUACAGAAACUGAUAAGGUAUGUACUUGAAAGUUAACCUAACUAACAAUUCAUUGGUUACAUAUUCCGUUGUAUGUUAGAAUAUCCAACCAACAAAUUUUAGUUUUUGGUUUCUUCCUAGCAUAUACUUACCUAGUAAAUUUCUGUUAGUUUGAUAUUAUGGGAUUUCAUGAACUAUCCUAUAAAUGUUAAUCAAGUUUUUUACUUAACAUUUUUAUAAGAAAACAGCUCCAACAAGACUAUUGUAAACGUCUUAUAGUAUUAAAUGAUCUCAAGACAUUCCACAACCAACGAUCCCUUGCAAAAGUCAACGAAUAAUAUGUUUGAGGAUCAAUUGAAUCACCUUAGCAAUGGUGCUGCCGAUCUACAGUUGAGGUACUUCCCAUUUUGCUUAUCACAAACCGAUAAUUAAAAUACACAUAUGCUCCAAAAGUGAUAUCGCGCAUACAUCGAAUAUAAGUACCAAACUAACAAUAAUUUGCUUUGCCUUAAAGUUUUACAUCUGCGACCGAUAAAAUAUACAACCGGUAGAAGUCUGGUGCCAUUUUAUUAGGAUCAGAAUAAUUGAUGGAACGUUUUGAUGUAAUAAAUAUGGCGAACAGCAUUGUUUCGCAAUUAGUACAUAUUAGUAAAAGAAACUGUAACUUUCACUGGAAAAAGUAAGCAAUAUCUGAGCGCUAAGUAUUUAUUUAAAACAUUCAUAAUCAUCGUCCGUUCAAUCCAAAAAGGAUUAGAAAUGGAUAUGACGAAAUAAUUUUAAAAUCUGGAAACAACUUGCAGCAAAAGAAAAGGUAAAUCAGUUUUAGAAUUAGUAAAACAUUAAAACGAAGAUUUUUUCAACAAUUUUGCGAAGUUUAAAACUGAUAACAAAUAAAUGAGAAAUUUAAUCAAAAUUUUUAUCUAUUUCAUAUACCAGAGAGUUUUUAAAAAAUAACACAAAAAAGAGUAUUUUAUAUAUCAAAAGCGUAUAUCUAUAGCGAACUAUAAGUGCGUAUACUUUUCCUAGAAGAAAGUAGUGGUUUGUGUUUGGUUCGAAGAAUGAGUGAGAACAAAGUACCUAAUGAAAUAAGAAACUCCCUGUUGACUGUUGGGAGCGAACGUUUCUUUAGACGACAUUUUACGCAAAUAGUGCAGCUCAGUGAUUGAUCGUGUAAUAAAACGUAUAUACAAUAAAA